AUUUAAAGAGCGGUAUCUUCUCUAUACGUCAUUGCAUCUGGCUAAGAAAUUGGUUAUCAUUUGCCAUCCCUUGUCCCCGAUUUUUUUGGAAGCAUGUCCUCUGCUGGGAACGAGAACGCCGUUCGUCUUAGCAAGUUCAAAAACAAGGGAAAAGAUGCCAGCGAGCUGAGGCGAAGACGGAUCGAAGUCAACGUCGAGCUUCGGAAGGCGAAGAAGGACGAUCAGAUCCUCAAAAGGAGAAAUGUCAGCAGCUUCCCCGAAGAGGCGACUUCACCGCUUCAAGAGAAGAACCAGAACUCACAGCCUACCCAGCACUGGACAGUGGAGGAGAUCGUCACUGGGGUUAGCAGCAAUAACCUUGAUAUGCAGCUGCAAGCAACGCAGGCUGCUAGAAAGCUGCUCUCGCGAGAGAGACAACCUCCCAUCGACAGCAUCAUUGGUGCUGGGCUAAUCACAAAGCUUGUGGGAUUUCUGGGUGUGGGAGAGUGUCCCCCCAUCCAGUUUGAGGCAGCUUGGGCUCUGACCAACAUUGCCUCCGGGACCUCGGAUCAGACCCGAGCCGUGGUAGAGGGGGGUGCGAUCCCAGCCUUCAUCAGCCUGGUGAAAUCCCCACAUCCUCAUAUCAGUGAGCAAGCCAUCUGGGCCUUGGGAAACAUUGCAGGUGAUGGUUCUGCCUAUCGAGACAAGGUUAUCAAACAUGGGGCCAUUGACCCUCUCCUCAGUCUGCUGGCUGUCCCUGACCUUUCUGCAUUCUCUUCUGGCUACCUGAGGAAUGUGGCGUGGACGCUGUCGAACCUCUGCCGCAACAAGAACCCACCUCCCCCUCUGACAGCGGUGCAGCAGGUGCUUCCUGCCCUGGUUCACUUGCUGCACCACGAUGACAAGGAGGUGCUGGCGGACACCUGCUGGGCCGUGUCUUACCUGACCGACGGGCCCAAUGACCGCAUAGAGGUGGUGGUGCAGGCGGGCUUGGUGCCUCGCCUAGUUCAGCUGCUGGGUUCCGGGGAGCUCUCCAUCGUGACUCCAUCGCUGCGGUCAAUAGGAAACAUAGUUACUGGCACAGAUGAGCAGACUCAGAAAGUGCUGGAUGCCGGUGCUCUGGCGACGUUUCCCGAUCUGCUUCGUCAUCACAAGAACAAUAUCCAGAAGGAAGCUGCGUGGACCCUGUCCAACGUCACUGCGGGGAAAGACACGCAGAUCCAGGAGGUCGUCAACGCGGGAUUGGUGCCUUUACUGGUGGAGGUGCUCCAGCUGGGUGACUACAAAACUCAGAAAGAGGCCGUUUGGGCUGUAACAAACUACACCAGUGGUGGCACUGUCCAGCAGGUGGUGCACCUCGUCCAAGCCAAUGUGCUGGAGCCUCUGCUGGACCUGCUGUCUACCAAGGAUAGCAAAACCAUUCUGGUUAUCCUGGAUGCCAUCUCGAACAUUUUCCUGGCAGGAGAAAAGAUUGGGGAAGCUGAGAAGCUCUGCUUGAUGAUUGAGGAAUGUGGGGGGCUGGAUAAGAUUGAGGCACUGCAGUCUCAUGAGAAUGAGAUGGUGUAUAAGGCGUCACUCAACCUGAUUGAGAAGUACUUCUCGGGCGAGGAAGCGGAAGACGAGUCUGUUGUACCAGGCACUACAGCUGAUGGAUAUGACUUUCAGAUCUCAGAUAACCAAAGCACCUUCAAGUUCUGAGUCCUAAUAUUUGUCUGGUUUCUCAUUUUCUAUGUGUACAUACCUGUCUUUGUCUGACAUUUUUUCUUUUUAUGAACUGUAAAUAAAGUAUAUCUAGAUUGGAUUCUCACUGA